GCUCUGACGAUGUCAGUAAACUGUCUGUGGCAUGUUAUUACAACAUUUCUUACUAGAACAGAUAACCAGUAAACAGCAUCGUCAUGUGCACUAUCGCCUUAGUCAAUCACAUCACAACAGCUCUAAGCUAAAGCAGAACGCACUGAUUCGGCAGUCGCUCGUGAUGCAUUCUACGCGAAACGUCUUCACCUUCUACGAUUCGACGGCGAAGGUUUGGAGUGGUCUACCGCGUAGACCAAUUUUCAACCCCAACCAGAGUCUGGGUGAUCUGAUUCUGCAAAUUCUGGAACGCAAUGCCGGGAAAGUGAUGCAGAUCAGUGCCGAUAGCGGUGUAGAGCUUACCGGCGGUGAACUUCGUCUCCGAACGAUCCGAAUCGCUCAGAACCUCGCUCGGAUGGGGUUCGGCGAUCAUUCGGAAGAAAUCUUCACGAUGAUCGCUCGCAAUGGGGAACACACGGCACCGGUGUUGUUUGCUUGUUUCGCUCUCGGGAUUCCGGUCAAUACGUUGGACCCUUCUUGACAGCGAGACGAUUUGAGUCACAUGUUCCGGAUGGUUCGGCCAAAAGUGAUCUUCUGUGAGACGGAGUGCUUGGACGAAACGAUCGCUGCAUGCGAAAUAUCUACAAUAUCUCCGCUGAUCAUCCUCAUGGGAAGUGCAGCUGAUGGGUUUGAUCAAGUUGAUUGUCUUAUGAUACCAACCGGUCAAGAGGCAUACUUCAUUCCAACCGCGAUCGCGGACCCCGCCAAACACCUAGCCAUACUUAUAUGCUCCUCCGGCACAACCGGUCGCCCCAAAGCCGUCUGCCUUUCCCAUUCGAUCUGCAUCGCUCACGUAGCGAACUUCUUCGAAUGCCAUCCCAGCGAUCGAGCUUUCGCCUUCAGUUCCCUGUAUUGGCUUUCCGGCUUGAUCAUCCUUCUGUGCGGAACGAUAUUGGGAGCCACUCGAAUCAUCACCCGUCAGACAUAUCGACCGGAACUGGCGUUGGAGAUAAUCAAGAACUUCAAAGUGUCGGCCCUCUGUAUAACGCCUUCUCAAGCGUACGGCAUAAUACACAGCGGUCUAGCAAAACCGUCGAACUUCUCUAGUAUCCGUUACGUGUUCUGCGGUGGAAGUGCCGUUCUUACAUCGCUGAAACGAUCGUUUGAAAAGUUGAUCCCCGAAAGAUCCAUGGAAGUUGCCUACGGAUUCUCCGAAAUAGCUUACUCGGUAUCGUUGAGUAAGCGAGAUCUGUAUCGGGACGGAUCCGUUGGAUUCCCUCGAGCGGGAACCGAGUUCAAAAUCAUCGAUGACGAUGGGAAUGCUCUGGAUAACGGCCAAGAAGGAGAGAUCGUUGUUAGAGCGGAGUUUGCGUUUCUAGGUUAUUACGGGAAUGAUCAAGCCCGCGAGGAUAUGAUGGACGGUGACGGUUGGCUUCAUUCGGGGGAUAUUGGACGGUUCGACGAGGAUGGCUAUCUGUAUGUAGUGGACCGCAAGAAAGAGAUGUUCAAGUAUAACAAUUUCCCCAUUUCACCGACGGAAAUUGAGAGCGUGAUUCAGCAAAUCGAAGGAGUGGCGGCAGUGUGCGUUGUCGGGAUUCCAGGAGAGCCGAAUGACUUGGCAACUGCGCUGGUGGUUAGGAAAUCCGGUUGGGCAGAGAUGGUUGAUGCGACGGAAAUUGCAAGAAAGGUUAACCAACAGCUACCGGAUUACAAGCACCUCAGGGGAGGGGUGUUCUUUGCCAAAGAGCUUCCGUUAACGCCAUCGGGAAAAGUGCUACGUCGAAAGGUGCGGGACCUAAUUUUGAGUAUGAAGAAUAUUAAAUGUGAUUAGUUUAUUGAAAAAAGUAUACGAAUACACGAAACUAAAAUUGUUAAUAUUUGCGUUCCGUAAUAGUUGAAUGACUCCUAACGUCCCUAUGAUUGUUUCACCGACAGACGGGAAUCAUCGUGACGUUAAUUCCUAGACGAAACUUGUCGGGCUGGGUUCCCCUACCAGCACGUACUUUGUUUUUGACACAUCCACCACUAGACUGACCUUUGCUGCUUCGCGGGUGUACAGCUCUGCCAUCGUUCCAAAUGUUCUGGCGAUAAUGUCCAAGUGUUCGCAAAGCACACAAAUUUACCGAAUGUCAUGGAAAUCGCUCUCUGGCUGUUGAGCCGACGCAUCACACCUUUCAGAGCGAUGUUAAAGAGUAGGCUAGGCAUGAGAGUGCGUCGCCUUGUCGCGCAGUCUCCGACGACUUCGAUUGUUGCUGGACUGGACAGAAUGUGUAGAAAAGCGGGCAUCGAGCGGCUACCUUCUACCAGACCCCCUCAACUUCCAAUAAUUUCUGGAAACACAAAUGCAGCGCCAUCAGUAAGCUUACGGAAUAAUAUAGAUUUAAAUAGUGGCAAACUGUGGGAUAGAGGUUUAAGUAUGCCUUGCUUUUGGUGGUUGCUAAUUCAACAGAUUUGUUUUCAGUUGUCAAGUGUUUGUACUUUGUGAGGAAAUGAAAGUGAGGCCACGGUAUUAAAAUGCGGGCGCAGAGUUGCUGUACUUGCUGGGAUCAACCAGGGAACAAUGCGGCGGACAAUUUGGAGAAUCAUGACACACAUGCGGGAGCAACCUGGGAGCGGCGCCAGAGCAUUUGUGCAUUUCAUAUUGCCACCCGUAAGCAUAUGACGGACGAGUCAUCUACGGCAAUAGAGAAACCCAGAACUGUGCAAGAACUGCGAAGUUGAAUACUAAAAUACCAAUAAUGUUUUUAUAAAAUGUGAAAUCGAAAUUUGAAAAUAAAUGUUGGCAAACACUUUGUAUAAUGUUUUGCUAUUCGUAA